CCCCGGCUCAUGGACUGUAUGUGGAGCAGCUCCGGCGGAGCGGAGGCAGAGCGGCUCCGCGAGCUCCCCUGCACUUUCCCACAGCCGAGCCCCGACUGGCCGCCGAGGGCGAGCCACGCACACGCCCUCGCGCCCGGCGAGCCCGCGAGGUCACUAUCAUAUGACAAAGGCUUUGCCGCAGUUCAUCUUCCUCCCUGUGUACUUUCCAUUUGCCUUCCUGGGGUUGUGGCUCAUCCUUUACAGCCUGGUGAGGAGGAAGUCUAGAUUUUUCAGUCAACCAUAGCUGGCAUUGAAUCCUGCUGCAUCACAGAAGCUGGAAAUUCUGAUGUUCCAUUAAAAUCACAAUGGAAAGUCUUGACUUGACCGGUCACAGUAAUGAAAGGCAGUAAUAGAAAUAAAGAUCAUUCAACAGAAGGAGAAAGGGCUGGAAAGCGACCAAAACGAAAGUGUCUUCAGUGGCACCCACUGCUAGCAAAGAAACUGCUGGACUUUUCAGAAGAGGAGGAAGAGGAAGACGAAGAGGAAGAUAUUGAUAAGGUUCAACUUCUUGGGGCCGAUGGCCUAGAGCAAGAUGUUGGUGAGACUGAUGAUGAAUCACCAGAGCAACGAGCCCGGAGACCAAUGAAUGCAUUUCUCUUAUUUUGCAAACGUCAUCGCUCUCUUGUACGUCAGGAACACCCCAGGCUUGAUAACCGAGGUGCUACCAAGAUACUGGCUGAUUGGUGGGCUGUUCUAGAUCCAAAGGAAAAGCAGAAAUAUACAGACAUGGCCAAGGAGUAUAAAGAUGCAUUUAUGAAAGCAAAUCCUGGCUACAAAUGGUGUCCUACCACAAAUAAGCCUGUGAAAUCCCCAACACCCGCUGUCAAUCCACGAAAGAAACUAUGGGCUUUCCCAUCUGACUCUUCAAGAGAUUUACCAAGCCCCAAGAAAGCAAAGACUGAAGAAAUGCCUCAGCUAAACUUUGGAAUGGCUGAUCCUACACAGAUGGGAGGCCUGAGCAUGCUGCUUCUAGCUGGAGAACAUGCUCUUGGAACACCAGAGGUAUCCUCUGGCACUUGUAGGCAGGAUGUUUCGGAAUCUCCUGAAUUACGUCAGAAGUCCCCAUUAUUUCAGUUUGCUGAGAUAUCUUCAAGUACAUCCCACCCUGAGACUCCUUCAAAACAAUGUCAAGCAUCAGCCUUGUUUCAGUUUGCAGAGAUUUCUUCAAACACUUCGCAGUUGGGUGGUGCUGAGCCUGUGAAACGCUGUGGGAAGUCUGCACUCUUUCAACUGGCAGAGAUGUGUCUGGCAUCAGAGGGGGUUAAAAUGGAGGACUCAAAGCUAAUGAAGGCAAAAGAAUCAGAUGGUGGAAGAAUUAAAGAAUUGGAGAAGGGAAAGGAACAAAGAGAAAUAAAAAUGGAGAAAACAGAUGAAGCCAGGUUACAGAAGGCAGCAGAAUUUGAAAGACCAGCUAAGGAAAAUGUCAGAGAUUCUAAGGAACUAAGAAAUUUUGAGGAGCUACGAAUGGAUGAUAUAAUGGAUAUAAAAAUGGAAGAUCCCAAAGAAAUUAAAAAGGAAGAACUAGAGGAAGAUCAAAAAUGUAGUCACUUCCCUGAUUUUUCUUAUUCUGCCAGUAGCAAGAUCAUAAUAAGUGAUGUUCCCAGUAGAAAGGAUCACAUGUGCCAUCCUCAUGGAAUUAUGAUCAUUGAAGAUCCCACAGCAUUAAACAAACCAGAGAAGCUAAAAAAGAAAAAGAAGAAAAGCAAAAUGGAUCGACAUGGAAAUGAUAAAUCCACACCCAAGAAGACUUGCAAAAAGAGGCAGUCUUCAGAGUCCGACAUUGAGAGUGUCAUGUACACCAUUGAAGCCGUUGCAAAGGGAGACUGGGGCAUUGAGAAACUUGGAGAAACCCCUCGCAAGAAGGUCCGCACAUCCUCAAGUGGCAAGGGAAGCAUUUUGGAUGCCAAGCCACCAAAGAAAAAAGUGAAAUCAAGAGAGAAGAAAAUGUCCAAGGAGAAAUCCUCAGACACCACCAAAGAGUCAAGACCUCCAGAUUUCAUUAAUAUUUCUGCCAGCAAGAACAUUUCUGGUGAGGUGCCAGAGGGUAUAAAAGCAGAACCAUUGACGCCCACAGAGGAGGCAUUACCACCCAGCCUAUCAGGACAGGCCAAGCCUGAGGAAAGUGACUGUCACAGAAAAAUAGAGACUUGUGGCUCCCGGAAAUCUGAGAGGUCUUGCAAAGGUGCUCUUUAUAAAACCCUGGUGUCUGAAGGCAUGCUCACCUCUCUGCGAGCUAAUGUUGACAGAGGGAAACGAAGCUCAGGAAAAGGAAACUCCUCUGACCAUGAAGGGUGUUGGAAUGAAGAAAGCUGGACGUUUAACCAGAGUGGGACCAGUGGGAGCAAGAAGUUCAAGAAGACAAAGCCAAAGGAAGAUUCUCUCCUUGGCUCAGCAAAGCUGGAUGAAGAAUUUGAAAAAAAAUUCAACAGCCUUCCUCAAUAUAGUCCUGUUACAUUUGACCGGAAAUGCGUACCUGUCCCAAGGAAAAAGAAGAAGACUGGAAACAUGUCCUCCGAACCGACUAAAACCAGCAAAGGUCCUUUCCAGUCUCAGAAAAAGAACUUAUUCCACAAAAUUGUCAGCAAAUAUAAGCACAAAAAGGAGAAGCCUAAUGUUCCGGAAAAAGGAAGUGGGGAUAAAUGGUCAAACAAGCAACUCUUCUUGGAUGCCAUUCACCCUACAGAAGCCAUAUUUUCAGAAGACAAAAACACCACAGAGCCUGCUCAUAAGGUUAAAAAUGCCCUAUCCAUUCCCAACACUCCAGAGCCAACAACAAUGCAAGAACCCUUGGUGGGCAGCCAAAAGAGAAAAGCAAGGAAAACCAAGAUCACCCACCUUGUCAGGACAGCAGAUGGCCGGGUAUCACCAGCAGGAGGUACUUUGGACGACAAACCAAAGGAACAACUGCAGAGGAGUCUCCCUAAAGUGAGCCAGACCGGCUGCAAUGACGAAUGCUCACACAACCCCGAGACCGCAGAGACUCGGAGCAGCACUCCGGAGAUGCCAGCCGUGUCUGCGUUCUUCAGCCUCGCCGCGCUGGCCGAAGUGGCCGCCAUGGAAAACGUGCACAGAGGUCAGAGGUCGACUCCGCUCACCCAUGACGGACAGCCAAAAGAAAUGCCACAGGCUCCUGUACUUAUAUCCUGCGCUGACCAGUGAAGCGCCCUUUAAUUGUAAAACAUUGUGCUUUACCUACUACCCUAGCCUUGUCUUUACCGAGGGAUGCUAGUGAGUCCAGAUGGUGGAAAAUAUAGACUGCAAACAAGUGCUUGUUGCCCUACACGGCCCAGAUUCACUUGAAGCAGAAGUUAGCAUCCUGGGCCAGUUUGUUCUUUUGGAACCCAGAGUCUUGGAGGGUGAUGUUAUCUGUCUGAUAAUGAGCAGAAACAGAAUGAACCUGGAGCUUUGCUUUCUAUUGAAGGCUUUUGACGGUAAUAGGUGGUAACUUGGUAAAAGGCUGCCUUUACUGUAGCUCAUCCAGCAUCUCUUUUACCAACCAGAGAGUGUGAAACUAGUUUCGUAUAUUACCUAGUUAUUCUUUCAAAACAAAAACAAAAAACAAAAAAAAACAAAAACAAAAACUGACGCACUGCACUAGUUAUUAUUAGAUAUUCUUAGUCUUUUUUGUACAUGGAGAUUUAAGUUCUAAGAUGGUUUAUAUAAUAGGUUAUACCUACAUUUAUAUUGUAGAAUAAUAUUAAAAGGCCUGUUCCAGAGACUCCCAAGCAGCACGGGCAGGCAGAUGUACCAUUGUUAGCGGUGUAUGCUCGGCCUCGUGGUCCAUAUAUUCUGCACUUUUAUAUUUGCCACCAGAGUGGUAGUUUGCUGGCAAAGACAGAGAGAGAGAGAGAGAGAGAGAGAGAAAAUUAGAAUUCUUACAAGCUGAAUUUUUUUCUUAGCCUCGAGUGACCAAGAAUUUGCUUGGGGCUAAUUGUGGCAAAUAUUUUCCCAGACAGGGGAAGAGUCCUGCAGAUUACAGAUUACUGAUGUUUUCAUGCCUUGAGGAUUCUUUUAUUUUUACACAGGGGUCUCAGUGACCGAUGGAUCGUUCAUACAAACAAAAAAAAAAAAAAAAGAAAAAUAUUAUUCAGAAGUGACCUUAGUAUUACUUCACUAUUCUGAACACAUUGAAGACACUCACUUCAUGUGGACUUUGAGCUACAGACCUUUUCCAUCCUUCCCAGACAGACUGGACGGGUAGCAACUGCUAUGCACAGCCUGAUUGGCAUUGCAGGUUUUGAGAGCCAUUUUUGAGUUUGUGUUGUUAAGGAGGUAUUGAAUAAAUGCUGAGGGAGGUAUGCUUGACCAGGGUGGGAGUCUUAGUCAUAGAGCCACCUGCAAGUUUGUUUCCUUUUUGUGUUUUGUUGCUUUUGAACAUAAAACCAACCAUACGGAUGCCAGUGCCAAGUGGAUUACCUGGCUUAUUAGAACAUUGGACAUACUGACUUAACCACCUGACAUUCACAGUGUCUUGUUUCCUAGCAACACAUGCAAAGUGAUAAAUCAAAAUUAGUCGGAGGCUACCGAUUUUACAGGGUAUUUGUUCCAUAGCACAAAGUGUAUCCCCACUCUUGCAUCACAGCACAAACUACCAAAUUUUAAUUAUUGGAUUCCAGCAAUAAUUUUUAUUGGUUUUCAAACUGGCGGAAUUUUGAUAGCGUUAGUUCGAGUUUGAAGCUUUUGAAUUAGAUCUCUAAAUGGUGACAGUUUACAAGGUUUUAUCUAGCUUUCUUAUUUAUACUUGACUCAAUUGUAAUGAUGAUUUUUUUUUUCUAAUCGUAAUUUGACCUAAUAGCCAUACAGAAAAUGACUCUAUUAGUACUGACUAGGUUUAGCUUUUCAUAGUUGUAGAUAUUACUUCAGUUUCGGUGCUGGAAAAUAUGUACAACAUACUAACAGAAUUGAAAAAGAAUAUAGGGAUUUGUUUG